UACACGUCCAUGUAAAGAGGGCUGCAGUUGGCAUUUUUUUUAUGAAAGGCGCUUUGUUUCAUUGACAAACAUCAGAUGGUGUGUGUGUGUGUGUGUUAGGGGGGAGUUGCGCAGCUGCAGUACGCACCCCUCACACACACACACACACACACACACACCCGCACACACCUGUUCAGAGGCUGUUGAGUCGCCAUUCGGAUCAGAAGAUCAGGACGUCCUCCGGGCUGUGGGGCGUCGCCUUGUCUGCGUGGAAGGGGGCACAGGGGAGGGGGGCGGCGGGAUGGGGUCGUGGGGGUGGGGGCGGUUUUAUCGGACGCAUUUGAUGACUUCCGUGGACUUGAGGACCUGACGUGUGACGUGAACGGUCCUCACCAACGCACCCCCCCCCUCUCUCUUUCUGGGGGGGUCAUGUCGCGCGCGGCCGCCAUCGCCAGCUCGCUCAUCCGCCAGAAGCGGCAAGCGCGUGAACGCGAGAAGGCGACCACGUGCCGCGGUGGCGGGAGUCCGAGCAAGGGCGCCAACGAGCACGAGAACAGCCCGCUGAGCGUCUUCUCGCGUGUCAAGUUGUUUGGCUCGAGGAAGAAGAGGAAGAGGAGGCGACCACCAGAGCCCCAGCUGAAGGGCAUCGUGACGCGGCUGUGCAGUCGUCAUGGCUACCAGCUGCUGAUGGAGCCUGAUGGAAGCAUCCAUGGCACCAAAGAAGAAGACAGCGCCUACGCUGUGUUCAACCUGAUCCCUGUGGGCCUUCGUGUGGUGGCCAUCCAGGGGGUCCAAAGCAAACUGUACCUGGCCAUGAACAGCGAGGGCUUCCUCUACACUUCUGAGCACUUCACCCCCGAGUGCAAGUUCAAGGAGUCGGUAUUUGAGAACUACUACGUCACCUACUCUUCCAUGCUGUACCGCCAGCAGGCGUCGGGCCGGGCCUGGUACCUGGGCCUCAACAAGGAGGGCGCAAUCAUGAAGGGCAACCAUGUGAAGAAGAACAAAGCUGCUGCACACUUCAUACCCAAACCCCUCAAAGUGGCCAUGUACAGGGAGCCGUCCCUCCACGACCUGACAGAGCUGUCGCGCUCAGGCAGCGCCACACCCACAAAAAGUCGCAGCGCUUCGGCUAUACUUAACGGCGGGAAGACACCCAGCAGCAAUGACCUAUCCUAGCCCCCUGGAUCCAGCCCGCCCUACACCACACACACACACACACACACACGUGCACACACAGAUCUCAGGCUGACAAGCCCGCCGUCAGGCCGGUAAGAGGAAGCGGGAGAAGCUUGAAGGACCCACUGUGAUGUAAAUAAAGGAAAGACAAUCAAAGUUGACUCAGCUGAGAGUCGCACACUCAGACUGUUAGCACAACCAAAAAGUCUGCUUGGAAACCACGCCAUGACGGCCAUGUUUACACUGAAGUUCCUUGUACACGUAUGAGGUCAUGACCUUUGCUUGCAUGCAUGUGUGCGUGCAUGUUUGUCCUUUUGAAUAAGUUGUCUCAAAACACUUUAGCAGAUCUUUCUUGUUCUUGUUGCAUGAGCACUUGCUGACCUCUGCUCUCUAGCAGCAUGCUUUCUACUCGCACACACUCUUCCACCAGAGGGUGCUACAGAACCAAUAGGGCCAAACCACAACACUAGUGAUUGGACCAAUAGGAAGCAGCGAAACAUGAAUGGACCAAUGGGAGCACACUUCCUCCUGUGGACUGAAUAAACUUUCUAAACAAGUCUUUGUUGAUAAAGUAUUUAUGUUAAGGUUGUGUGACACAAAGUAAAACAAUAUGUAAAGUGCAACAGUAAAGAACACAAAAUUAAUAAGAACUAAGGAGGCAAUUUGUGUAGAAAUUGCGUAUGAAUGCUGAAGAGCUGAAGCUGAAAUUAAAUCCUGUACAGAAAACAUAGAAUAACUGGGAAAUUGGAACAUUUUGGGGUGUGGAAUAUUAGCCUGAAUGUUUUGAUGCUGGAAUGGUUUGAGUAGGUUGGGAAAUGCCAUCAAUUUUAAUGGGAAUUUAUGGAUCUAACAAUGUGGAUUUUUGGAAAGUGGAAAAUAGAUGACAUGAAUGUUAUGAACGAGCCGAAUGGCUUGAAUCGGCUGAGAAAUGUGGAAUUAGUAAGAAUUCUUAGGAUCAAAGGGAAUGUGGAAUUUUGAGAAAAUUGGGAAUUUUGGGGAUGUGUAAAGCUCUUAGUCUAAAAGUACUGAAUGAUCUGAAUAUUUCCAGGUGUAAAUGGUUACAACAACUGUCCACUCAUUUUCAAUGGGAAUUUUGUUGCGGAAAAUGUGGGAGUUUUUUGGAAUGAUAACCAUUGUGUCCUGAAUGAGAUUAAUAUUUUCAUGUUUGGUUUUAAUUGGUUGAAAAAACAGGAAGCAGGUGAGCAGGAUGAAGUAGGAACAAUAAAUAAAUAGAAAAAAGAAAAUGCUCUUCAGUAUUCACACAAUAACAAUAAUCAUCAUAACAAUAAUAAUAACUUACAACUUUUGGUUUUCCAUUAAAUCAAAUCAGUGUAGGUGGUCGCCGUGCGUGCUCACG